GAUCGGGGGGAAUCUUUUCCUUGUUAGCCAGGGAAUUCCCCACCUCUGUUUCCCACAAUUGAUGACGAAAAUUGAGCUAAAAAAAAAUUGGAUUAAAGCCUCAAAUUGCAGAUUCGACGAAAUUGAGUUCCAAAUCCAUUCAGGUGCCCUAGAUUUCUUUUCCUCAGCCUACGACCAUCACGCGCCCUAGAUCUCGAGAGGCAAGAAGAUUCGAUUCAGCUUCUAGAACUUCGGGUAUCUCCCUCUUCAGAACCGCAGCCAUGACUUCUUCCUCCAAAGCCUCUGAUUCUUCUUCGAGCCGAUCAAAGAGGCUCGAAGAUGAUCAAGAGAAGGAGAAGAUAUCCCGUAUAUUAUUCACCAUUUCCCGAUUAAAAAAGCAAAUACAGGCCUCCCGGUCAAUCUCAAUUAAAGAAAAACUUGAAGAAAACAAGAGGAAUCUAAAGGGUCAUACUGCCCGGCUCUUUGAUUGGGCAUCAAAAAGAUUGGUGGUGGAGAAAGAGAAGGAGAAUUAUCUCUCCUUUAGAUUGGCGAGUCCUCUUUGUAAGAUUAAUGGAUGGGACUGUUCUAAAGAGUUUGGAGAGAUGGAGAUCUUCAAUUGUCAGGAGGAGAUGUUGUCAUCGGCGGCUUCAUUGGUGUAUGGGAACAAUGGAGGCGGGAGGAGUGUUGUUAAACUUGUCAAGCUUCCUUAUGUGGAGAAGAUUUCACCUUAUACCACAUGGAUUUUCCUGGAUAAAAAUCAAAGAAUGGUUGAGGAUCAGUCAGUUGUUGGGAGGAGGAGAAUUUACUACGAUCCAAAUGGCAGUGAAACACUAAUAUGUAGUGAUAGUGACGAAGAGAUUGCUGAACCAGAGGAAGAAAAGCAUGAAUUUUCCGAAGGUGAAGAUCUGAUUUUGUGGGAGACCCUUCAGGAGCAUGGGUUGAGUUCAGAAGUUCUAGAUAUUUUAAGUCAGUCUGUUGAAGCUACAUAUUCUGAAAUUGAGGGGAGAUAUGAAAUGCUCAUGAACAAGUAUCAGCAAAAGGAUGAGAACAAUUCAGAAGCUUCUGGCAGUUUGAUGCCUGAGGGUAGAACAUUUUUUGAUAAGACACUCAGUGCAGCUUUAGAUUCCUUUGAUAACCUCUUUUGCCGACGUUGCUUGGUCUUUGACUGUCGCCUUCAUGGUUGUUCCCAAAGCCUGAUUAUCCCAACUGAAAAGCAGUCUUAUGUAUUCGAGCUUGAAGAAAACAGGAACCCGUGUGGUGACCAUUGCUACCUCAAGGUACACUAUGAUAGCAUAAUACCCCCAAUAAAGUCUACACUUCAAGUAUCUUGCUCUAGUUUGGCACGUCAUCCUAUUCCAAGGAUUUAUAAGAAAAGAAGAGAAGCUGUUCACAAUCUGUGUCAUGACAUCUCUGAUCCCACUGACGUACAUACAAGGGAUCCCAUAACGUCAACAGGCAAAUCCGGUACUGCCUUAUCCUCUGAAUCUGACUCAAAUCCUGAUGACCAUGGUUCAAAUUUAGCAGCAGAGCGAAUGUGCACCAAAAUGAGGAGUCUGCUAGUUGUUUCUUCAGGUGAAGCAGAGACCACCAACAGGGUGGAACAUCUUGGAGCUGCCAUUGAUUCGGACGCAGUUGUGGAAGAAGUUCCCUUGAAAGUUACUGGAAAGCGGAAGGUCUUGAAGCAUGAAACUACGUCUUUGGUGAAACCUAAUCUUUCUGUUGGAAAAUUUCUUAAUCCUGCAGAUAAGAAACAGAAGAUACUAUCAGCAGUUAGCGAUAGAAACUGUCUAGAUGUUGGAGUAACAAGUUCAUAUCAGUUUCAUAAGGAAUCUGUAGAUGAAUCUAUUGGAAAUUCUUCUGAAACAAAUGCUUUUCACAGUGAUGAAAGUAAUUCGGUUGAUGUAGAAAAGGGUGCUAAGGACGCCAACAAUCCAUUCAAUCUCAGAAAGGCACAAAGUUCGCAUGGAUGGAGUAGUAUGGAGAAAGAUCUUUACCUAAAGGGGGUAGAGAUAUUUGGAAAGAAUAGUUGCCUAAUAGCAAGAAACCUGCUUUCUGGUCUCAAAACCUGCACAGAGGUAUCAAAUUACAUGUUCAACGAUGGAGCUACACUGUUGAGCAGGCAAAUGUCAACCAACUCGUUCAUGGAAGACAGUGGAAAUGGUGAUCAUGAUUACAUGGAGCAAGAAAUGCCACCUAGAAGUCGGAUUUGGCGUAGAAGGGGCAGAGGAAGGAAGCUGAAGUAUACAUGGAAAUCUGCUGGCCAUCCAUCUUUUCGGAAAAGAAUAGCUGAUGGGAAACAUCAGUCAUGUAAGCAAUAUACACCAUGUGGAUGCCAGCAAAUGUGUGGAAAAGAUUGCCCCUGUCAGCUCAAUGGAACUUGCUGUGAGAAGUAUUGCGGGUGCUCCAAGAGCUGCAAGAACCGGUUUAGGGGAUGCCAUUGUGCGAAGAGUCAGUGCAGAAGCCGCCAGUGCCCGUGCUUUGCGGCUGGGCGUGAAUGUGACCCAGAUGUCUGCAGGAAUUGUUGGGUUAGCUGUGGAGACGGUUCUUUAGGUGAGCCAGCAGCAAGGGGAGAUGGUUAUCAGUGUGGCAACAUGAAUCUUUUGUUAAAGCAGCAGCAGAGAAUUUUAUUGGCGAAGUCUGAAGUUGCUGGGUGGGGAGCUUUUCUAAAGAACCCUGUGAAUAAGAAUGAUUACCUUGGAGAAUACACUGGUGAAUUAAUAUCUCACAAAGAAGCAGAUAAACGUGGGAAAAUCUAUGAUCGUGCAAAUUCAUCCUUCCUCUUUGAUUUGAAUGAUCAGUAUGUGUUGGAUGCUUACCGAAAGGGCGACAAGCUAAAGUUUGCAAAUCAUUCAUCCAACCCGAAUUGCUAUGCCAAGGUCAUGCUGGUAGCUGGAGAUCACCGGGUCGGGAUAUUUGCUAAAGAGCACAUUGAAGCCAGCGAGGAGCUAUUUUAUGAUUAUCGCUAUGGACCUGAUCAAGCACCUGCGUGGGCUAGAAAACCAGAAGGCUCAAAAAGAGACGAUUCAGCAGUGUCUCAUAGCAGGGCACACAAAGUUGCUUGAUCCCAUUUUUAGGAACACCUAAAUAAAGUAAAUAUACAUAGCCUUAUAGUGAUUGUAUAUAUAUAUAUAGUAUAUAGGUGUGAUCAGUAUAUAUAUAAAGUAUUUAUAUGUCAAUAAAGAAUAAAAAGCGAACUGCUCUCUCGCAUUGAUUUAUUACUGUAUUCUAUCGAAUAAUGUCGGGCACAAUUGUUUUAAGUGGUAAUAUCAAGUUGUACAUGCAUUUUUUAAGGUCAUUAGGAAUGUUAUUUUGUUUUUAAAGUAGUAAUACUUAGAAGCUGUUGGGUAUGUGAAAAAUUAUAUGUGAAAAACUAUCACUGUAACAGUGUUUGAGACAAAAAAGGUACAGUUUUAAUCAUUUUUGUUUACA